AUCAAUCAUUCAUAGACAGACCCCCCAAAAAAAAAAAAAGAGGGGAAGAGACACUCAGAGAAAGAGCGAGAGAGAGAGUGAUCUGCAAAACUAAACCCUAGCAUGGACCGCCUCUCGGAGAGAGACAGAAGAAGCAAGCGCACCAGAGAUGAUAGAGACGAUCGCGACCGAGACCACAAGCACCGAUCGUCCAGAGACGACAAGCACCGCGAGCGCGAGCGGGACCGCGAUUCCUCCGAUCACCACCACUACUCUUCUUCUCAUCGCCACCGAUCUGGUCGAGAGCGCUCUCACGAGGAUCGAGAAGGGAGCAGAGACCGCGAUUCGAAGCGCGAGAACGAGAGGGAAGGGAGUAGAGAGAGGGAUAGGACUAAGCAUCGCGACGCGAAACGCGAGCUGUCCGAUGAUGAGGAGCUCGAGCGACUGUACGAUAGGGACGGGUCCGUGGAGAGGCGGCAUUCUUCAUCGCACAAGAGGAAAGAGAGAGGCGUGAGCGAGGAGAGGAGCGAUGGAGUUGAUAAAAGAGCUAGGGUUUCGGAGAGAAAGGAGGCGGAGAAUGGAGAAGGGAGGAAGGAAAAGAAGGAGCGAAGGAAUUUUGGAGAUAGAGUAAAGGAAGAAGAGGAAAUUGAGGUUGAUAGGGGCUUUGAAGAUGAGAAGCGAGUGAAUUUCAUUGAUUCUAAGGCCAAGGAAGAGGUGAGUGAUGAGCUUUUUGACAAUGGUCGGAGCCGCCGUGGCACCGCCUCUGCCAGUAAUGGUGCUGCUCUGGAAUCACUCACCAUGGAAUCCAGCAGCGUGCAUGAGAUGUCUUUGCCCCCUGGUCAUCCCCUUCCUACAAAGGUAUCUUCAAUUUCUACCACAAAUGAAAAUAAGGGAGUUACUGUUACCAGAUCUCAUGAGGUUCCUGGAAAAUCUAGUACAGAUGGGACAUCUUCAGCUGCUGGAAAAAGUGGAAGUCUAUCUCUUGAUGCUUUAGCUAAAGCUAAGAAAGCUUUACAAAUGCAGAAAGAAUUGUCAGAGAAGCUGAAGAAAAUUCCCCUUUUGAACAAGGGUGCUAGCACAAGUUCAGAGGGCAGGUCAAACUUAGGAUUGAAUGAGGAACCAAAAGCACAAUCUGUGUCUACUGGAACAGGGAAAGGGCCGGUUCUGUUAACUGCCCCUGCAUCUGUUUCAGCAGGGGUGAUAUCAAGCUCAUCAGCCUUACCUGUUGCAUCUGCUGCAGCUGAUCCUGGUGCUUCUGCAGGCCUCACAGCUGUACCCAAUUUUGAAGCAGUAAAACGUGCGCAGGAACUUGCUGCCAGGAUGGGUUUUCGGCAGGACCCAGAGUUUGCUCCUCUCAUAAACUUGUUUCCAGGUCAGGUGGCAACAGAUGUUGCUGUCCCACAAAAGCCAACCAAGGCCCCUGUUCUUCGUCUUGAUGCGCUUGGUAGGGAGAUAGAUGAACAUGGAAAUGUGGUGAAUGUGACUAAACCAAGCAACCUUAGCACUCUAAAGGUCAACAUCAAUAAACAGAAAAAGGAUGCAUUUCAGAUUCUGAAACCUGAAUUAGAUGUUGAUCCAGACUCAAAUCCUCAUUUUGAUGAGAGGAUGGGUAUUAACAAAACUAAGCUUUUGAGGCCUAAGAGGAUGAAUUUCCAGUUUGUUGAAGAAGGCAAAUGGUCAAAAGAUGCUGAGCAUAUUAAACUGAAGAGUAAAUUUGGAGAAGCACAAGCAAAAGAGCAGAAGGCAAAACAGGCACAGUUGGCUAAGGCAAAGGCAGCACCUGAUAUUAAUCCAAAUUUAAUAGAGGUAGCAGAGAGAGUUAUCACCAAAGAAAAACCUAAGGACCCAAUUCCUGAUGUUGAGUGGUGGGAUGUGCCUCUCUUGCAAACUGGUACUUAUGGUGACAUUACUGAUAAAGCCAUGGAUAAUAUAAAGUUGGAGAAGAUCACUAUCUAUGUUGAACAUCCUCGUCCAAUUGAGCCCCCUGCUGAGCCAGCUCCUCCACCACCUCAACCCUUGAAGUUAACCAAGAAGGAGCAGAAGAAACUCCGUACUCAGCGACGUUUGGCUAGGGAGAAAGAUAAGCAGGAGUUGAUAAGACAAGGCCUGAUUGAGCCUCCAAAACCAAAAGUGAAAAUGAGCAAUCUGAUGAAAGUCCUUGGCUCUGAAGCAACCCAAGAUCCAACUAGGCUUGAAAAGGAAAUCAGGAGUGCAGCAGCUGAACGUGAGCAAGCUCACAUAGACAGGAAUAUUGCUCGUAAACUCACUCCUGCUGAGCGCCGGGAAAAAAAAGAGCGGAAGCUCUUUGAUGAGUCAAAUACACCGGAGGCCAUUGUAUCAGUUUACAAGAUCAAUGACCUGUCACACCCUCAGACACGCUUCAAAGUUGAUGUUAAUGCCCAAGAGAACCGCUUGAGUGGAUGUGCUGUGAUUUGUGAUGGUAUUAGUGUUGUGGUUGUUGAAGGAGGAAACAAGUCCAUAAAGAGGUAUGGCAAGCUUAUGCUUAAACGCAUAAAUUGGGCUUCUGCUGUAAAAGAGGAGGAUGAAGAUGAAGAUGAAAGUGAUGAUAAACCUCCUAACAAAUGCGUCUUAGUUUGGCAAGGGAAUGUUGCCAAACCGAAUUUCAACAGAUUUUCAGUUCAUGAGUGCAUGACAGAAGCUGCUGCCCGGAAAAUUUUUGCUGAUGCUGGUGUUGGUAAUUACUGGGAUCUAGCUGUUAACUAUACAGAUGAUCAAACAUAAUUGGAGAAAACUGCUUUGAUGGAAGGAUUCCCUAUUUCUUGGAUGAUUUUGAUCAUCUGUAGCAAGAAAUUGCAUCAUUUGGAUGAAGUUUUAUAUGCAAGUUGCUGUAGUUGCACUGAAUGAAAUUGCCUUGUGUUGGCAUAUGCUUACAGUCAUACAUGACACAAUGUUCGACAGUCUUUGGUAACGAACUGAAAUUAUGGUCAAUUAAUUCCAAUUUGAUAAUCAGUUCAGAAGAGAAUAAUAUUUUAUCUUUAUUCGCGGACAUCUUAAUAUUUCAAUCCAUGGAUAUAUGAUUUCUCAGUGU